AUGACAAUUAUCGGAUCAUUCAAAAAUUUAUCACAAUCUUUUUCAACUCAAAGUGUAAAUGUAUUUUAUUUCCAGUCAUUCAAUGGAGGUCUCAUUAAUCAAAGUUCAAAUUCUUCUACAAGUUUUUUUGAUGGUUGGGGUGAAAAAGUAGCAGAUAAAUCAAAGGAAUACGCCGGUGAUGUUAAACAUGCUUUCAAUGGAUAA